AUGUUGAAUAACAUUCGUGGUGUUUCGCCUCUACCUGACACUGUAUGUGGAAGCGCAAUAGACCGUAACAAAGCUGAAAAACCGUUUCUAAACAACGCAAGUCAGAAUAAAGUUUACUCAAAGAUGAAUGGGAAAAAAUCAGACAAGAACGGCAACGACGUGACUAACUCAGAAUGUAAGGGGCGGAAAACUUUUGCUUUUUGGACUUUAGUAUGUUUACUUUUUAUUCUGGCAGUUGGGAAUCUAUUUUUGACCUUUACUAUUUUGGCGGUAUUACGACUUGGGCAAGGCAUGGAAAGUAUAGAAUUCCUCCCCGAGCACAACGCAAUAAAGUUCUAUGGUGAGAUAGGCUUGGAGCAGGUGCACAAGCGCGAUGGCCUACUGGAGAGCUUUAGAGAUGAGCCUAUGAGCAUCAGCAGUGAGAACGGCUCUGUGCUUGUUAACCUUCAGACUAGGCUAUCCCGUUAUGACACUAAGUUAGUAGUAAACACAUCUGGUGUCUUCAUCCGAGGCGUGAGCGCUUUGGAACUGACGGAUCCUGACUCUGGAAAUACUAUCUUCAGUACCAGUUUGAAGGAAAUGACUUUACCAGACGGAGUUAACAAUUUACAUGCUAAGCAAACGUCAACGAAACGCAUAACGUCUCCAGUAGACUCCGACCUGACACUUCGUUCAGACUCAUCAGCCUAUCUCCGGGGUGCAGAAGGCACGCACAUGGAGGCCAAAGACCUUAACUGGACAGCGGACCAAGAUAUAUACCUCAAAUCGAUCAACGGCUCCAUUAUACUGAGUGGCAAAGAAGGCGUUUACAUAGAUGUUAGAUAUUUGCCAAUUGUCAAACCGGUGAACAAGACCGAUAAGUACAGUCAGGCAACGGGGCAUUUUAAAGUAUGCGUUUGUAUGCCACAGGGAAAGCUGUUCAGGGUAGCAGUGCCUAAUGGACAAAAAGUCAGCUGCUCGCAUGUUAAUGUUACGGGGGAUUUGAAUCCUUGUGCUGCAUAAGUUAAGAACAAUAUCCCUUAAUGGCUUUCGGAAUAUUUGACCAUAUUGGUUAUAUGUCUUUAACAUAAACCUUAAGCCGAAUUUACAUUUGUCUGACGUGACGCGUCAAAACGGUAUCGGUUUCAUACACACAACCCAAGCCGUCACGUCAGAUUGUGACACACUAAUAUAAAUUUUA